GGUCGAACCUUCAUAUUCUUCUGUCGAUCCAGUCCCUACCACAAGUCGGAUAGGGUGCUCGUGAACAGGUCGCCUUCAACUGCACAUAUUCUUGCGACGACCUCGACAGCCCCGGCUGCCGCAUCUUACCACUCACAAUAUUGUCCCCAAAGCCCUGGCCUCUUGUCUACAGGCUCUGUACAGUCGCACAGUUGCAGAUUCAUCUCCUGAAUUUGGCAGAAAAGUUACAAGUACGCCAACAAGGCCAAUGGCCCUGAAACCACAGUAAAUAUUUCAAGCUGGCGCAUCAUUAUUCCUCAGCAUACUUGCCCACGGCGGCCUUCCCUCUCUCCGGCACCUAUCCAGCCUCGAUCGCUCCUAUCGCCUACCACAACGAUCCCUACUACUCGCGGCAGUUGCAGCUACCACAAGAGCAGGAAGGUGACAGGCGCUACAGACCCUCAAGGCCUACACUCUUGACACCACCCUACGCUGGCGCAGAUGCAACGGGCCAUGACCAGAUUUCUAUGACAAGGGCUUCGUCGACCAAAUCGACACCCACUUCUCAGACCUUGCAACAUAGUCCUAUUUCGAUGACUGAGCCUGAGGCUCCUCUCCAGGCAAAACCUGAGACUCCACCCACCACCAAACCCAAACGUGUCAGAACCGGUUGUCUUACAUGCCGUGAGCGUCACCUCAAGUGUGACGAAGGACUACCCAAUUGCCAAAACUGUAAAAAGUCCAACCGAAAGUGCAAACGAGGUGUCAGGCUCAACUUCAUUGACACUCAGUGUGAGCGGCCACCACAUCUACUCCCACCGACUCAUGACUGGGAGGUGACCUUCCAGGAUGACUCGCGCGAUAUUGCUUCAGAAUAUCAAGGCGGGAUCGAGAAGUACCAUCCUCUCGAGCCCGAACCGAAGCGACAGAAACUGAGUGUUGCGCCAAAUAUCAACUACGAUUAUGGUCAGAUCACCGCCCCGAUCAUUCCUCAUCAACAGCUCCCUACCUCACAGUCUUACUCGCAUCCAUACGUUGAGCAACCUCAGCCAACCUUUGCUGCUGCUUCAGGCCCAUCAUACGAGAGUGCAGCAAAUCAUAUGGGUUCAUAUUCCGAACCGCCGCAUCCUGUACAACAGUCAUAUGAGACGCCAAUUAUGCUGCCCCCGGAGACGCCACCUGCACCUCCGCUAAACAGCCGUGAUGAAGUCUUGUACAUGCAAGUCUUCGUCGAAGAGGUCGGCUUAUGGAUGGAUUCGAUGGAUGCCGAAAAGCAUUUCUCCCGCCUUAUUCCGUUUCAGGCCUUGGGAGAACCCAUGCUCAAGUAUGCCCUCCUGGCAUGCGGAGUGCGACACCUGACCCUGGUAAACACUGCCUAUCCUGAAGAACACGCCUUGAAUUACUACAACAAUGCAACGCAACUCCUUUUGAAAUCGCUCCAGAACCCUGAUCGUAAUAGCGCUCUUUGUGCCACCACAGCCACCAUUCUCAAUGUCUACGAGGUCAUGUCCGAAAAGGCUUUGCAGCGUAUGAACCACAUUGCCGGUUCCCGAGCGCUCAUUAAGGAAUGCCGCUGGGACGCUCAAGCUACUGGGAUAGGAUCCGCCUGCUUCUGGCUCAAUGUCGGACUCGAGUUGUUCAGUUGCCUCCAUUUCAAUUGGGGCACUGCUUGGGAUCCCGACACGUGGGGCAUCGACAUGAACAUGUCGCCUCAACACGUAGGUGGAAAUGAGGACGAUUGGACUCACAAAAUGUUAUGGAUAUUAUCCAAGAUCGCCAAUUUCCGAUCUACAGCACAGCAAAGAUAUCAGGACGCCUCAGUUCACGCGGAGCAGGCACGUUUGCAUCAGCGACAUCAACAGUGGCUAGGCCUGAAACAGUUCUGUGACCGUUGGAACGAUUGUGUCCCACCAACAAUGCACGCCAUGGCAUACAUCUCACCAUUCAUGACGAAUUCGAAGAGCGCCUUUCCCGAAGUGUGGUUCAUCAAGAGAACGACAAUCGUAGCGAGACUGUUCUAUCAUACUGCCAUGGCACUUCUCGGAUCUCUUCACCCUUACGCCCACAUGCAGCCCCAGACAGCUGAGGAGAUGCAAGGUAUGAGUCUCUACCACUCGAGGCAAAUCUGUGGCAUUGUGGCUCAUGUCAAGGAUCGAGGAGUUGCUUCUGCCUCGAUUCGCUGUCUCGCCGUGGCUGGUGAGCAACUUACUGUUCAACGAGAACAAGAAGAAGUCUUGCAGAUUUUUGACAGAAUCAAAAAGGAAACGGGCUGGCGAGUGACAUUCAUUCACGACGAUCUCAAGGAGAAAUGGGGGUGGAACAACAACCCUCCAGACUAUGGCAGCAUGGGUUCUGCAGCUUCGUACUAUUCUGGACCGAGCACAAAUCCUUCCACCACACCAACAGCGACGCCACCCCGACCAAAGUAUCCGAGCGGCAUUAUCAAUCCUCUUUACAAGAAUGCCGACUUCUCUGCCCAAAACCCACCCUACCAGGGUAGCUACGUCCCGCCAACUCCCGGACACAUCAUGCACAAUGCACAAAUGUAUGGCUACUCUAGCAUACCUACAAUGAUGCAGUCUUAACGAUGAUAUGGUCACCCCUCGAUCUUGACUGCGGCGCUAAAGCAAACAUCGAUCGGUGGUUUCUUUAUUUUUCUGAGUACGACUUCCGGAGCGCGGCGCGUAAAAGUACGCUUCUCAAUUUAGCGUUCAACGUUCAACAUGGACUUGCAUUGAUUUGAGUCAUUGGCAAAAACAGCCAUUAUGGUAAGACAACAGACUUGGGAGUUGGAUUCUUCGUUUUUGUAAGCGAAUACGAGAUACCUUGUCGAGCGUGUUACGUGUUUAUAUACAGGAUUAGCGAACGCAAUUGUUGCAUCAUCAUCAUGUGUGAGAGAUGGAUCUCCUCUUUGAAGUGCUUAUGCGCAUUUCUUCUAAUACUAACGAUGUCAAUAUGAAACGAACACAUGUACAUGUCUAUCAUUUUGUGGGUUACACCACUGUACACAGACAGUUAUAUAUCUACCUGUACCACACUGCAAUUGCAUUGGUCAAUUUUGAAGGCUACUGAAUGUAGU